UUGCAAUGGCCUGGUCUGAAAUGUAUCAACGAUCUUCGGUAUGCAAGAGUCAUUUUAAUAAUAAUAAUAAUAAUAAUAAUAAUAAUAAUAAUAAUAAUAAUAAUAAUAAUAAUAAUAAUAAUAAUAAUAAUAAUAAUAAUAAUAAUAAUAAUAAUAAUAAUAAUAAUAAUAAUAAUAAUAAUAAUAAUAAUAAUAAUAAUAAUAAUAAUAAUAAUAAUAAUAAUAAUAAUAAUAAUAAUAAUAAUAAUAAUAAUAAUAAUAAUAAUAAUAAUAAUAAUAAUAAUAAUAAUAAUAAUAAUAAUAAUAAUAAUAAUAAUAAUAAUAAUAAUAAUAAUAAUAAUAAUAAUAAUAAUAAUAAUAAUAAUAAUAAUAAUAAUAAUAAUAAUAAUAAUAAUAAUAAUAAUAAUAAUAAUAAUAAUAAUAAUAAUAAUAAUAAUAAUAAUAAUAAUAAUAAUAAUAAUAAUAAUAAUAAUAAUAAUAAUAAUAAUAAUAAUAAUAAUAAUAAUAAUAAUAAUAAUAAUAAUAAUAAUAAUAAUAAUAAUAAUAAUAAUAAUAAUAAUAAUAAUAAUAAUAAUAAUAAUAAUAAUAAUAAUAAUAAUAAUAAUAAUAAUAAUAAUAAUAAUAAUAAUAAUAAUAAUAAUAAUAAUAAUAAUAAUAAUAAUAAUAAUAAUAAUAAUAAUAAUAAUAAUAAUAAUAAUAAUAAUAAUAAUAAUAAUAAUAAUAAUAAUAAUAAUAAUAAUAAUAAUAAUAAUAAUAAUAAUAAUAAUAAUAAUAAUAAUAAUAAUAAUAAUAAUAAUAAUAAUAAU